CACCGCGAUGCUCGCCUGAGAGUCCCUGAGCAAAGAUGGCCGACACGGAGAGCACCUGCACCUCCGUGGACGACAGGACGGAGGACCUGGUCUCUCCCACGAGGGAUGCGCUGGUGGACGGCAUCGUGGGACUCCUGAAGCCUUGCCUGGACCAGCUGGACGAGCGGGUGCGGGCCACGAGAGUGAGCCAGAGUGAGUUACACCAGCAGCUUGAGGGUCUAUCAGUGGAAUUAACAAGAGUCCAGGAACAGACACAGUGUCCUCUCCAGCUUGAUGCCUACAUAAAGAAGCUGCAGAAUGCCAAGAGAAGAGUGGUUGUAGUUAACAAUAUUCUACAAAAUACACAGGAUCGACUUAAUAAACUGCACAACCAGGUCAGCAAAGAAACAGCACGUAGAAAAGCUCUGUUAGAUACCAGUUCGCCAUCAACAGUCCCAUCAACUUCACUUCACGCACCCUGACUUGACUUUCCGUCAUAAAAGAAAAACUUUAAAAUUUUAUUAGCUCUUAAAUGUUUCAAAACUUAUAGAAAGCACAUUGUUCUUGCUUGAAGAUAUACCAGAGACUUGAUUAUAUAAUGAAUGAUCUGAUUCUGUCAUAGUUUUCAUAUGGUGUCCAUCCUGGGAACUUGUAUUUGUGGACUUAAUGUGCUCCUGUGACUUAGAUAUUGUGCCAAUGUAGCAAGAGUAAUACAUUCCAUUUGUUUAAAACUGAGGUGUGUUUGAGGUCACAUUGGAUGGACAGAGAAUUUGUGUGUAUAUAGAUAUAUGCGUUAUUAUUAAUGAUACUUAAUUACAUAUUAACUAUCUAGUCAUUUGAGAAGUAUAGUUUGUUGUGAUAUUAUUCUUUAACUCAAGAAUAAUUUUUUGGGAGGCAGCAAGGGGCCUUGUGUAGCAAGUGAAGAUUUUAUGUGAAUGUUUUAAAAAGCACAAGUGAGUCUUUUAAUAUCAUUAAGUGGAUAUCACAGCAAUGGAUCAAGUAGACAAGAUAAAGACCCCUGAUUUUUCUCAUAUAACAUCAGAAGAUCUAAAUCAUAUUUAUGAGCCUUCAGAGGAUAGCUUCCUACUAAUUGAUGCUCUGGAGAAAGACCUAGGAUUCAUACGGAAACGUGGACCUUCCAUGUGUCUAGAAGUGGGAACUGGGUCAGGUGUUGUAAUAACAGCACUUGGAAGUGUCCUGGGGCCCCAGUGCCAGUACAUGGGCACCGACAUCAACCCAAGAGCUUGCACUGUCACCCAGGAAACGGGCAGAAUAAAUGGAGUCAA